AUAGGUAAGCACCUAUACUCCUAGGAGGUAGCACCUAUACUCCUAGGAGCUGUAAAGCCUGUCGGUUGAGUCCGGUCUUAUCAUAGCUAAUCAUUCGUCCUCAAACCAGUAACCAGUCCGAGGUGAAUAAAAACGAUCAUUGCAGUGUGGAAUAAAUCAGUGACUGUGUAACUCUACCUGGUUACGGUAUGGCACAUUUUGACUUGUCAGGCAUCACUCUUUACGACGAUGAGAACAGUACUCUCGAUAUUAUGAAAAAUAUUAUUGAAGUGAAUGGGGAAGAAGAAGCAUUUUAUGUCCUUGACAUUGAGGAUGUGAUGAAGAAGCACAAGAGAUGGCUUGAGAAUAUGCCAAGAGUUGUUCCACAUUUUGCUAUCAAAUGCAACCCAGAUCCUACAGUGAUCCGCCUAAUUGCUGCUCUCAAUGGUAGCUACGAUUGUGCAUCAAAGCAAGAAAUUCAAUUAGUGAUGGAGAAUGGGGUAUCUGCUGAUCGCAUCAUAUUUGCAAAUCCCAUCAAAGGAAUUCCACAUAUCAGAUACGCUAAAAAAGUUGGGGUCGAUAGAAUGACUGUUGACACGCCGGAUGAGGUUUUGAAGCUUAAAAAUAUCUAUCCAGAAGCGAAGCUUGUAGUGCGUAUCGCGAUGGAUGGCUUCGAAUGCGGAAUCACAUUCAGUAGAAAAUUCGGUUGUGAACCAACAAUAGAGACUGUAAAGCUCAUGAGCUUUAUCAAGGAAACCGGAAUGUGCCUCUACGGAUUCAGUUUCCACCUGGGGAGCCCUUGCUGGGAUGCCAGUGCCUUCGGCCGAGGGAUCGAUACCUGCAACGAGCUCAUUAAACUCGCUGAAUCGAUGGGGUUCAAAGACUGCAAGCUCAUUGACAUCGGGGGUGGCAUUUCUGGUAUCAGGGAUGAUGCUGUCGAACAGGUGGCCGCGUCCGUUAAUGCUGCCCUGGAGAAUGUCGAUCCAUCGAUCGAAAUUAUCGGUGAACCAGGGAGGUACUACGUCGAGUCCGCUUUCACCCUGGGGGCUUGUGUUCAAGGAAAGAAAUUUUUCGAGGAAGGAGGGACUGUCAAGCGAUUUUACUACAUCAAUGACGGAACGUACGGGGCCUUCAUCGAGGAACUAUUGCAGACCAGGCAGCAAUUACCAAUGCCAUUAUACGAGUUGCCGAGCGACGAAAAACACCUUUCCGUCAUUUGGGGACAGACCUGCGACCCUUACGACUGCGUUAUAAAAGGAUCAGAAAUUCCGGACUAUUCGAUUGGGGAUUGGAUGGUAUGGCAUGCUAUGGGUGCCUACAGUGGCUCAAAUGCAACAGUAUUUAAUGGCUAUCCCCCUGCCACUGUUUUUCCGAUAAUUAGGAAAACCGCUCUCCGACAACUGCUCACUGAGCUGCAGAAUCUUCAGAAAAUUAACCAAAAUGGUAACGGUGAUCAUCGCAAUCACAACGAAUGCUCCCGGUGACAGAGAAGUCCUAUAAAUAUUCUGUCAGUAGUUGUAGAAAUUUGUUUUGAUGUCAGGACGAUAUUUCGCUUUAUGCCAACGAAAUUGAUAUAGUAAACACAGUGGAUAAUUUGUACAGAAUUGUAAUAGUUCCAGUCUUUGAUUCUCUAUCCUACGCCGGCUACACUGUGUUCAGGAUGGUGGAGUUGAUGUAUCCAACUCUGUUGCCGAAUGGAGCUUUUGAGUUUGUAACGAAGUAGUAGCUUCCCCGCCUGCAAUAAAAAUUAUUUUCAUUUA